AUGAAUGGGUCCUCGAAACAAAAUUCUAGGAUUGAUGUGUGCUACAAGUGUCACAAAAGAGGCCACUUUGCUAAGCAAUGCCCAAAUAGAAAUUUGGAAACUGAAAGAGAGAAUGAAGAGGAAGAUUCGAGAGAAGAAAAUUCUGGGAUUGAUGUGUGCUACAAGUGUCACAAAAGAGGCCACUUUGCUAAGCAAUGCCCAAAUAGAAAUUUGGCAAUUGAAAGAGAGAAUGAAGAGGAAGAUUCGAGAGAAGAACAACCCUAUAUCCCCGAGGAAGUAGCAAGUGAGGAUGAGUUAUCAAUUAAGGAAGAUGAAAAUGCUAAUGUUAAUGUCAUAAGAUGCAUCAUGGUGACCCCUCAAGAACAAGAGGAUUGGCAUCACACUUCUAUUUUCCAUACUUACAUUAAGUGUGGGAAUAAAAGUUACAAAAUGAUCAUUGAUGAAGGGAAUUGCAUAAAUGUAUUUUCAAAAUCAGCUUCAGAAAAAUUCAAUUUGAAAGUUGAACCCCAUCCCCAUCCUUACAAAGUUGCUUGGGUAAAUGCAACAACAAUGCCCGUCAACCAUAGGUGCUUAGUCCCCAUUAAAAUUAUAGACUAUGAAGAUGAAAUUUGGUGUGAUAUCCUUCCUAUGGAUGUUGCCCAUAUUCUUUUAGGAAGACCUUGGCUUUAUGAUCUUGAUGUUUCACACAAUGGUCAUGCUAGCACCUAUACCUUUAGGUGUAAUGGGAAAAAUAUUGUCUUGAGUCCCCUUGAGCCUAAAAAGGACAAACAAGACAAGAAAAAGAAAGACUUGAAAGGAAAAGAAAAGGUUGGAAAUUCUUUGCAUAUUUUAAGAAAAAAACAAUUUGAGCAAGAAAGCAAAGGAACACAAGUAGUCUAUGUCGUGGUGACCAAAGAGAAUGACUCUUCUAUUCCUGAACAUGAAACACCACCUGAGGUGUCACCCAUACUUUCUGAGUUUGAGGAUGUUAUUUUUGAACCUCCAAAUGAAUUGCCUCCCAUGAGAUACAUUCAACAUGUCAUAUACCUUGCUCUAGGAUCAUCUUUACCCAAGUUGCCUCCUUAUAGGAUGAAUCCUAAAGAACAUGAGCAAUUGAGAAGGCAAGUUGAUGAGCUGAGAAGUAAGGGUUUUAUUCAAAAGAGUAUGAACCCACGUGCAUGUGCCACCCUUCUUACUCCUAAGAAGGAUGGAACAUAG